UUUAACAAUCACUCCUCACGCAAUGACAAACCGUACGAAACAUCAUAAAAUCCAUCCCCCAAACGUAUUCACGCACAAAAACCAAACAGGGAAGAGAAUCCCAGAAAUGGAGUCUGAAAACAGAGAAAGCGAGGCAACUCACCCAUUCCCAACCAACUCCAAGAACUCGCGAGUCACAGAUCCAACUCUUAAAGACCCACCAAUGCCAACCCCUUCUUCUUCAACAUCACCUGGGCCAUCUCAAAAACGGCAAAACAACGAUCACAACCUCUCGCCACCACAAACCAAUAAAAAAAGAACCAAGAAAACACCACCUCUACUGCCAAACCUCCCUCACGAACUCAUCAUUGAAAUCCUAUCUCGGUUGCCAGCCAAAUCCCUAAUCAAAUUCAGGUGCGUUUCCAAAUCAUUCAAAUCCCUGAUUUCAAAUCCCCAAUUCAUCAAAACCCAUCUCGAAAAGGUCAAGAGUUUAUCAAGAAACGACCCUGAUUUCUCUCCAGAAAUCGUUAUUUCCUCCAGCGAGCCACUGUUUAGGCUCAAGAGCUGCUCACUUUACUCUGUUUAUAAUAACCCAGUGACUGAUGCUGUUGUGCUUGAUUACUAUCUAUUGAAGGAUACUUAUCGUUAUGAUUGGGUUGUUGGGUCCUGUGAUGGGCUACUGUGUUUGGGUAUUAAGCAGGAUUUUGUGGUCUUAUGGAACCCAUCUACAAGGGUUUUUAACAGAUUGCCUGAUUUGGGAUUUGCAAAGAAAUUAGGGAGUUAUACUGUUUUUGGGUUCGGUUAUGAUAGUCAAAUAGAUGACUAUAAGGUGCUGGCUAUGUUUUGUUUUCUGACUAAGAGUGUGUAUGGAGGUAGUAGAUAUGUGACAAGAAUUAAGGUUUGUGCAUUGAAGGGUGAGUGUUGGAGGAGGCUUGAGGAUUUUGGGCUUGGUCUUCCAUAUGAUGUUUCAGGAAAACAUGUUGAUGGGAAGCUUUGUUGGCCGGUUAUGCCUGAAGGGAGUGUAGGGUCAGCGUGGUCUAUUGUUGCUUUUGAUUUAGCCCAAGAGAUGUUCGAGGAGGUUGUGCAGCCUGAUUAUGGGGCGGUUGGUUAUGAGAGAGUGUUGGGGGUCUUACAAGGCCGGCUCUGUGUGAUGUGUAACUAUCAAGGGGUUCGUGCUGAUGCCUGGGUUUUGAAGGAGUUUGGAGUUAGAGAUUCCUGGACUAAGCUGUUUAGCAUACCAUAUUUGGAUGAUCCUUUGUGGUUUCAUUAUUCAGUGCCUCUGUGCAUUGAUGUUGGAGGUGAGGUUCUGUUGGAGUACAAGUCAGUUUUAGUGAUUUACAAUCCCAAACAUGGUACUUUCAGGUACCCUGUGAUGAAUGGUGCUAGCUCUUGUAUAGAAGCAGAUGUGUACAUUCAGAGCCUGGUUUCACCCGUUGUUGAUGGUCAUGUCUAAUGUUUUAGACAACAAGCAUAAUGAGAAACAACAGUGCGAACGCUACAAUCAUUAACCUCUGCAUGUUACUUAUCAUUGAGAAAAAAAUCAAGAGAACUUACAGUAAUUAAUCUCUGCAUAUUACUUGCAAGAAAUCUAUCAUGGAGAAAGGAAUUAAGCAAGUCGGAAACAAUCGCCAUGAGUGAAUAUCCUGUGGAACUCAGCAAGCGGAAACUUGUUGCUCUCAAGCACACAAAGUUUGAUAGAAAAACUAGCGCUACUUUGGCCAAAUUAAAAAGAAAAUUUCUUGGUGAUCACAGCCGCGACCAACCUUCACAAAAUCAUUGAAGAACCUCAAACUGAAGAUUCAGCAAUUAUGGUAAAAGAAAGGGACCUUCUUGAAGAAGAAACCAACGAUCUUAGAAAUCUGCCCGGAGACUUACCACUAGGAAGACCUGAACAUAUCUUAAGGAUGAUAAAAAGUUACAACCCCCCUGAUAUCCCUUCAGUCCCUACACUAAAUAACGAACUGAUUGAAAGAUGCAGCAAGCCUUUUUGAGAAGCAGUUAACAGCUAGUGAUUUGAAAGAUAGUCAAAGCAGACUGACGAUAAGCAAAUCAGAUGCCGGAAAUUACCUCCAUCCUUUGUUGAAUGAAGGGGAGAAUCUUGCUCACGGAAUUGAAGUGAACACUUAUGGUCCUGAUGGCAUGCAGUUUGGGAUGACGUAAAAGAUUUGUGCAGGCAAGACGCAUGUCCUCUUCGGAAAAUGGAAAGCAUUUUAUAACGAGUAUGAUUUGGAGAUCAUCAAGAUUUCGUUACUAUUUGAUGUUUCGAAGACGUGAAACUCGGACACUUUGCUUCGUGAUCAAGCGGAGAAGAUUGCCGUGUUUGAACCAAUCGACUGGAAAAGACCGAGGAAUAAUUGAUCAAAUUUUGAUUGUCUUAACACUCUUCAAGAUUUCAUUCAUGACAAUGUUCAACUUGCUGCUUUAUUUUUUAAUCAUCACUAGUUCUUAGGAUUAGGUAGUAGUCAGUAGAGAUUAUAGGCCAAGAAUCCCUCGUAGGAUUGGAUAAUGACAUUUUUUAGGACUUACUGUGGGACAUUAUUUGGCAUGGAUGUCAUCGAAACGAUCAAAAUCUUGUUGCUGAUUCA